GUGUGACUAUGUAAAAUAAAGCAAUCCCUACACACCAAGUGAGUAGGGAGGGCUAAUGAAUGUGUAAUCAGUGUGCAGGAUAAAAGCCCUGCUUACCCAAUGCCCAGUGCACUCGAGCCUCUGAGUGCCCAGCGCUGCAGUGAGGAAUGCCUGCUUUCUAAUACUCAAAACUGUGUUAGAAAGCUCCUGUCCGGCCAAUUUCGGUAUCUUUUUUGGCAACUCCCAAUGGUACACACUGCCUGAUCUCCCGUGGAUCCGAGGGAUCUCUGGAUCUUCACAACAGCACUGGGACUUUCCUGGAGAAGACCACAGAUCCCCGGACCAGUCUGGGACAUGGGUAAGAGCCUAUUUGAUAAUAAGUCAUUCUUGGGAAUCCUGCCCAUAUAAGACAUGUGGCUCUUCCAGGGCAUUGGGUGGGUUAUUUGAUAUUCCAGAAUUUGCUAUUUUACUUGGUUUUAUCAAUCCAUAAUUGUUUUGUAUUUUUAUCUGUAUUGUAGCAUUUUGAGUGUACUAUUCAGAGAUGGGCAGUGGACAAUCUAAAAGGGGCAUUGUGAAAAAAUCCCCACUUGGUUGCCUUUUGCAACACUGGAAAAAGAUUGGAGGCCCCCCUGGGGGACCAGCAACCAGGGAGAAUUUGAUUAAGUGUUGCAAUCAGCGCUGGCCAUUGUACCAACUAGACUCUGGAGAAAAGUGGCCACAAAAUGGAACCUUGAAUUAUAAUACACUGUUAAAGCUAAUGUUGUUUUUAAGACGGGAACAGAAAUGGGAUGAGGUUAUGUACGCUGAUAUGUUUUUCACUUUACGGAAUCAUCCUGAAUGGCAGAAAGAUUGUGGCUUGAAUCCAGCCCCCUCAGACCCUUUUGAGCUGGCUCUGGAAAGGGAGAAUCAAGGAAAAUGGUUAAAACGCUGUUGUUCUAUGUGCAGCACAGGACAAACUUGUUCUAAACAUCUGCCCAGUAUGAAGCAUGAUUUAAAUGUUAUGGUCAGUCCUAACUGCAGGUUAGAUGGGGGAACAGAAAACCAGGCUGCUGAGACUGAUAUUAUGAGGGAACUGGCAUGUAAAGAGGUGGAUUUAUCAGGUCUAGAAGAGAAGAUAGAGAGGACAAGGAGAACAUAUCGAGGAGCAGAGGAGACAGAAGAGAUAGAGGGGAUGUAUCAAGGAACAGAGGGUUUUAGUCUGACUGCAGAGACAGCUGGAGCUAAACACAGAGAGGUGAGAGCUGCUGCCUUCCAUCAGGCAGCUGGUAUGGAUGGUCCAAUUACAGCAGAAGUUCCAUUUUCAAUAACAGACCUUAAUAAUUGGAAGUUGAUGGCUGGCACCUAUCAAGAUGACCCAGACAAAAUAGCAAAAGCAUUUGAAAUUAUGAUAAAACUUCAGGAUCCGGACUGGAAAGAUAUAGAUGCUAUAUUAGAAAUGUUGUUUGACAGCACAGAGAGAGAGAUGGUUGUUAAAACCAGUAGGAGGUUUGUGGAAGAGCAGAUUUUGACAGGUAACUUGUCAGGUACAAUGGACAUUAAUUUUCCCACUGAGGAUCCCAAGUGGGACCCUAAUGUGCCCAUGUUUAGAGAGAGAUUAAAUAGAUAUCAACAAUGGAUACUAUAUGGAAUUAGAAAUGCCAUACCAAAGACUAUCAAUAUGUCAAAAUUAUUUGAAAUUAAGCAGGAUGGUAAGCAAUCACCUAGAGAAUUUUUAAAUUGCUUGAAAGAAACAGCUCAAAAAUAUACUAAUAUUGAUCCUGAAACAGAAGAAGGAAAAACUCAAUUAGCCCCCAUAUUUGUGAGGCAAUCCUCAGAUGAUAUUAGAAGAAAAUUACAGCAGGCUCAGGGACAAGACCAGUAUGAUCUAGAGAAGCUGUUAGAUGUUGCUUGGGGAGUUUUUCAGAACAGAGAAAACCAGCAAGAAAUAACUAAACAAAAAGUAGUUGGAGUUAAUGAAGGAAUUUCUAGAGGAAUGGUGCCCCCAGGGACAGAAAGGGGACGAGAAUGUGGCCAACCUGUGACUGUCAUUGGUGAUGACUGAGGGGGACUGGAGGAUUCUUCCCUCUGAUUACAGCUAAGCUGGGGAACAAGGAGGAAAAUGAGGAGGUUGGAUUUUUAGUAGACACAGGAGCUAGUAACAUAGUGCUAAAUACAGUAAGAGGAAACUUGAGUAAUCAUUCUCUAACAAUCAUUGGUGCAAGAGGGAAUUGCAAACUUGGCCGUUUUUCAACCCAUUCAUUUUAAAUUAGGAAAAUACAGGACGACUCACCAGUUUUUGCAUCUACCCAAUUUGCCAAAGCCUCUCCUUGAGAGAGAAUUUUUGGAAAAACUUAAUGCUAAUAUCAAAUUUUAAAAUGGCAAAAUACUGGCUGUUAUUCCAAAACCUAAUUAUGUGGAAGCCUCUAUUUUUGCAUUACAGCCUCUGAAACUGGGUGUGAUACAUCUGCCAGUAUUACCUGAGGAUGCAAUGAUCCUGAUGGUCUGGGCUGGAGAGGUGCCCAGGUGAUCCAAAAAAGCAGAGCCUGUAAGAAUGAAAUUGAAACCUAGACCAGGACCACUAAGGCAAAAGCAAUAGCCUUUGAAAAUAGGAAGUCAUAAGGAGUAAUAACCCUUGUGGAAAAAUGUAUAAAAUAUGGCCUAUUGAAGGAAUGUGAAUCCAAAUUUAAUAUCCCUAUUCUGCCAGUUAAGAAUGCAAACGGAAGGAAAGGCUGAUCACCUGGUACAGGACCUGAGAGCCAUAAAAAAGAUAGUAGAAAAUAUACACCCAGUAGCAGCAAAUCCUUAUACAUUACUAGCAACCUUGAGUGAAAAAUUAAAAGGGUUUACUGUAUUAGAUUUCAAAGAUGCCUUUUUCUGCAUACCUUUGAGUACUGAGAGUCAAGAGCUACUUGCUUUUGAAUGGGAAAACCAAACAGAGAAAUAGCUUCACCACAUUUGGAAAUCAAUGGGCAAAAGAACUGGAGGAAUGGAAAAAUCAGAACCCUACUGGAGUCCCAUUACAGUGUGCAGAUGACAUUCUGAUAGCUACUGAAACUAAACAGCAGUGCUCUGAUCACACUGUGGCCUUGCUGAAUUUUCUGGGACUAACUGGAUACAGAGGAUCCAAAGACAAAGCAGAAAUGUUCCAGACCACAGUAACCCACUUGGGAUUCUAAAUUCUCCACGGAUAAAGGAGGCUGCGACAGGAAUGAAAAGCAGCAAUUUACCAACACCCACUGCCACAAAUGAAGUGUAUUCCAGCAGACCCGACUUGGGAGACAGAUCCUUGGCAAGUCCUGAUUGAGAGAUGUUUACUGAUGGGAGCAACUUUGUCAAAAAUGGGAAAUUACUAUCUGGAUAUGCAGUGACUACACACCAUGAGGUAAUUGAAUCAGGGGCACUCCCUUCAAUGUGUAAUGGCACUCACUCAAGUUUUGGAAUUGAGUACAGGAAAAUAAGUUAACAGUUGGACUGAUUCAAAAUACAAAAAUUUUGGAGUGUGCAUGCACACAGGGCCAUCUGGAAAGAAAGAGGCCUUUGAUUUCUCAAGGCACGUCGAUCAAAAAUGAAAAACAAAUCUCAGAUUUACUCAAAAGUAUCCAGAAACCAGCAGAGGUUGCUAUUAUGUACUGCAGUGCACACCAAGCAGCUAAGACAAACUGGAACUGGGGAAUCAUUUAGCUGAUAAGGCUGCCAAAGAGGCUGCAGAAAAAGGCACAUUAGAAAACAUAUCAUUAUACCCCUGCUAGAGAUACCUCUCCCAGCAGAAAAAUCAGAGUAUAGUGCUAGGGACUGUCAAUUAAUUGAAACCUUAGAAGCAAAAUUUGAUCCACAAGGCUGGGCAGUUACUCCAACCAGGCAAAUAGUCCCAGUACGGAUCUUGCGUGAAAUAGUGGAUUGUGAAAAUAAAGCCGCUCAUUAGAGUACUGAAAAACUUUUGAAACAUUUGCCAACAUCUUUAAUUGGGUUUAAAACGGCUCAGAUUGUACAAUCAAGAAUCCAACAAAUGUAUAGUUUAUAAAAGAAACAACUCUAAAAAAGCAGUGCUAGAAGCCAUGAAAUCUGAAAAAAUUCCAGGUGAAUACUGGCAGAUCAAUGUCAUUAAGUCACCCAGAAAAUGGGGGUGUUAACACCUCCUAGUUCUGCUGGUGUUCAACUUUUCUGGGUGGCCAGAAGCCUUUCCUUGUUGCACCAACCAGGCUACGGAAGUGACUAAAAUACUGUUGAAUCAAAUAAUAUCUAGAUUCAGAGUACCUUUGGGAAUGUCAUCAGUCAGUAGUUCCCACUUUAAUGCAGAAGUGGUACAAAAGGUUAGAAAAGCCUUGGAAGGAAUAGCUUGGGAUCUUCAUACUCCUUAUAGGUCCCAAGCUAGUGGCAAAGUAGACUGAAUGAAUUAUACAAAUUGCAAUUGGGUAAAAUAUGUCAGGAAACUUCCAGGACAGGAGUCCAAGCCUUACCUGUUGCUGUACUGCAAAUUAGAAUUCAGCUGUGGGACACCAGGAAAAUAAGCCCCUAAGAGUUGCUAUAUGGUCAACCCUGCCACAUACCACACAUUCCAGGAGACACACACCUAAAAGAAGGGGUCAACUUGAAUAAUUACCUCACUUCCCUUCAUUACACUUCAUGGGAUUUACAGCAAGCAGUGGUGAUAUCCAGACUGACAGGAUUGGACACACCAGUGCACGAGUUCCAACCAGGAGACUGGAUCUACUUAAAAGACUGAAGAACCUCUCUACUACAGUCGAAACAGAGGGGACCUUCCCAACUCCUACUGACAACUUUACCUGUAUUGAAACUGGGUAGAGUAAAAUCACAGGUACAUUAUGCCAGAACUAAAAGGGCCAAAUCCCCUUGGAUAAUCAAAAAACCCAAGAUGCUUAAGUCUUGUUUUGCUAUCAAAGUGAUAGAGUGUCUACAGAUAUCCAGGAAAAUUGGAAACAAACUCAGAUUUUACAAUGAGCAGCUCCAGAUGACACCUCCGGGGGAUCUGAAGAAAUCUGGACCAAACUUACUUCAUGGUUACCCAGCUGGACUUGGUUAAAACAUCUGUUUAUAACUGUCACCACAAUAAUUGCUAUGUGUGUUUUAGCUUACUUCUUGUAACACAUUAUGCUAUAAAAUAAUAGAAAAACAGAUAUUAAGAGACUAGUUCCCACAAGGAACUUCGUCUCAAGAAAAGGAGGACUUCAUAAGGACAGUAGAACAAAACAUUUUACUUUUAUCAAAUAAAGAGAAGUAGAUGAGACUGAUAAAACAGAAGUCAAGAGGAUGCCAAGGAACUCUAUAAAGAUUUCCAAUAAGGGGAGUGACUAUGUAAAAUAAAGGAAUCUAUAUACAUCAAGUAAGCUGGGAUAGCUAAUGAAUAUGUAAUCAAUAUACAUGAUAAAAUCUCUGUUUAGCCAACACUCAGGGCACUCAAUUAAUCAGAGGAAGGAUUGUCUGAGUGACAAUGCCCUGCAAUAAAGAAGGCCCAUUUUCUAACACUCAAAACUGUGUUAGAAGGUUUCUCUCUGGCCAAUUUUGUUAUCUAAACUCCAACUGGUCUUGCAUAAGGAGCAAGGUGUCUCACAAGGCCAGUUCUGCAGGGUGUUCAGCACACCACCAUGAUGCCAUGCAAAAUGCACUUAAACUGCUGUGGCAAAGCACACUGAGUCUAGUUUGAAUAGAAAGGGGGGAAAACUGCCAAGUUCCUAAGUAGGUCUCUAAUAAUAGGAAAAUGUAAAAUUUAACCUCAGAAAAGAUGCAGAUUCGAAUCCUAGCCCUUAAUGUUACAAACAGUUCUAAAAUACUAUGUAUCUUCAAAGCAGAAGUCACUUGAACAUUUAACAGCAUUUGAAGAGCAAGCCCUACUUUGCUAGAAAAGAAAAAUAUCUUUAAUUGAGCUUUUAAAAAGUGACCAAGACUUUACAAGGGUAGAUUCCUAGCAUUACUUGAAAUUAAGACCAUUUAAAUACCAUGUUAUACAUCAUUAAGCUGAAACAUUCAAAACCAAGGUAGAGAACAAAGCACAGCAAAGAUAAAGUGAUCUGCCCAAGGUCACCUGAAAAUUUUUCUGAGAGGCAAGAAGAGAAACUAAUUUUUGAGAAAUCUCUAUGACUUCUCAAGUCAAAGACAGCCAGAAAGACAGCCUUUCCUCUAACCUUUUACACCUUGGAGUGACUAAGAUCAUAUGCAGGUACAAACAUACUUAUUUAUGUAAAGGCUAUGCUUAUCCCUGAAAAAAAAAUGCAAGCAGGUGUCUCCUGAGUUACUCAAGCAAACUGUUCUAUAGCAAAAACUGGGUGUGCACAAAUCAGAAAUGAGUCAGUUCAGUGCUAAGGCUGUGCUCUGUUACUAAAACAGAAUGCAAUCUCAGACGGAAUAAAUGUCCCCAUCAUAUUUAUAAUGAACCUAAUCAAUUUUUGUAUUGUAAAAUAACCCUGUCCAGAAUCUUGAUGAACCACAUGACAUGUCUUCCAAGGCCUCUAUUGUUAAAGAUGCCUUUUUUACUGGAAUGUCAAUAAUUAAUCAUGUUAUGAGGUAGUUUUAUUUCUGUGUGGCUUACCCUUUGAUGAUCUAAUUUACAUUUAUAAUGAUCUACUCCCUUGUGGAUUAAUUGCUUGUGUUAUUUUCUCUAUUAAUCAGACGUCAACAUUUGCAUUACAGAUGACUGUUUGCAUUAUUUUCACACUACUAAAUCUGGCAGCAUGGUACUAAUGAUAAAUACUUUCCUCAGUUCUAGACGUGAGAUAGGGUCUCAGUCCUUUUAAACAACAGCAUUAUUAGGAUCUCACCACUCUUCUGAAGCAGCCUGGUCAUUCUGUGGUAUUAGCCACAUAUAUUUAUUAUGUCUAAGGAUUCUUUUUCUACCUGCAAACCAUAAAUGCACUAAUAUUGUGUUCACCAAAUAAGCCCUGAGCAAAGGGUUAUGAACCUGAGACCAUCUGAGACUUUUUUUUCCUACAUCCCUGUGUACAUUUAAAAGAGUUUCACACCUUUCAGCUACUCACUGCACUUCCUUCCUGGGUGUUCCCCACAGUGUUGCCUGAAGAGCUGCUUUUUGUCAAAACCACAUAGUUACACUUAGGAAAAAUAAAUUAUCAGUGCUGGUAUAAAACACCACCCAAUCACUGACCUGAGCUAGGCGAUCUGAUUGUGCCUGGAGGAGAUAGGAAAGUACUCACACACACUGCUCUGUCCACAGGCCAGGCAGGCAGCAGCCUUUGCUAGGUGGCUGUGCACAGUCACCUCCUUUAGAGCCAAAGGAGCACACCUGGACCCUGCAGGGUGCACCUCUGCUCCCAGAUGCUGGCACUGCAUUCUGCCCCGGUGCCUUGCUCAUGAUUC